AUGUGUCCAUUGUCAUUUCAAGUACACACGCACACAUGUACACACACACAGACACACACACAUACAUCUACACAUAGACACACAUCACUAGAGCAGAGUGGGUUGGUUUGCCAGACAACGGGAGAAAUGAUGGACGAUAUGUGGUGUGGGGAUGUAGGGCGGAAGGAAAUCGAUCAAUCCUGCAAAAUUGUGGAAGAUGGAGAUAGCAUUUAUAGAUUGUAUAAGGCGGAUAGGGAGGAAGGGAAGAGUGGCAGAGUGUUAUGUUGGUGCCGGUGUGCCAUUGCCGUGCUGACGAUGCGACGCUAUAAAGACCGCAGCCUGGAUGUGUGUACGCUGGAGGUUGAAGGUGAUACAAAAGUUAUGCGUUGA